AUGUCUGCCAACGGUACCAACGGCGCCACCGCCAAUGACUUCACCGUCAAGGCCGGCCUGGCGCAGAUGCUCAAGGGUGGAGUCAUCAUGGACGUUGUCAAUGCGGAACAGGCCCGCAUCGCCGAGGAAGCCGGUGCCGCCGCCGUCAUGGCCCUCGAACGGGUCCCCGCCGAUAUCAGAGUUCAAGGUGGCGUUGCGCGCAUGUCCGACCCCAACAUGAUCAAGGAGAUCAUGGAGGCGGUCACCAUUCCCGUCAUGGCCAAGGCUCGCAUUGGACACUUUGUCGAGUGCCAGAUCCUCGAAGCCAUCGGUGUCGACUACAUCGACGAGUCCGAGGUCCUCACACCCGCAGACGACGUCUACCACAUCACGAAACACAAUUUCAAAGUCCCCUUCGUCUGCGGCUGCCGCAACCUCGGCGAAGCCCUGCGCCGUAUCUCCGAAGGCGCCGCCAUGAUCCGCACCAAGGGCGAAGCUGGCACGGGAGACGUCGUCGAAGCCGUCAGACACAUGCGCACCGUCAGUGCGGACAUCGCUAAGGCCCGCUCCAUUUUGCAGUCUGCUGUUGACCCCGAGGUCGAGCUGCGGCUGUACGCCCGUGAGCUCGGCUGCGACUACGCUCUGCUCCGUGAGACUGCUGAGAAGGGCCGUUUGCCGGUUGUGAACUUCGCUGCGGGCGGUGUUGCCACGCCUGCUGAUGCGGCGCUCAUGAUGCAGCUGGGCUGCGAUGGCGUCUUCGUCGGCUCGGGUAUCUUCAAGUCUGGCGAUGCGAAGAAGCGCGCCGGUGCUAUCGUCCAGGCUGUCACGCACUAUAAGGAUCCGAAGGUGCUGGCGCAGGUCAGCGAGGGUCUGGGUGAGGCUAUGGUCGGGAUCAAUGUUAAGCAGAUGCCUGAGGCCGAUAAGCUGGCGCAGCGGGGGUGGUAGAUCAUGACUCAUGCUGCCUUUUUUGUUUUGUUUUGUUCCCUAUUUCUUUAUGGGUGUUGGAAAAGUCGGGUCUUAUUUCCGCCUGUUCAUAUUGCAUUGGCCCUUGUCAGAUAUAUUAGAAUACAACCUGUAUUGUGAC